AUGGCGGAUUACCACACGGUGUACAAGGAACCCGAGGGCACGACGACGGAGUGGGAGGACCUUCAGGCGAAAUACGGCAACCUCGCUCCGCAGGAGAAGCCCAAGACAGCAGCUUGGGAGGCGGCAGAAGCGAGAAAGCGCACGGACGGGCUGGAUACGCGUACGGCUGAUGAGCUGCCUUUUGAGGCGCCUCAAAGCUCAAGGCAGCAGUAUCGGAGGCGACGUCAUUCACUCACACUCACCACCACCGCCUGUUCUCCAACCCUUGCUGCUUGUCCCCUCCCCUGGCAGGUGAAAUACGGCAACCUUGCUCUGUGGGAGAAGCCCAAGACAACGACAUGGGAACCGGGAUCAUUCACUCACCCUUGCUACUCGCUCCGUUCUCCAACCCUUGCUGCUUGUCUCCUCCCCUGGCAGGUGAAAUACGGCAACCUUGCUCCGCGUGAGAAGCCCAAGACAGCAGCAUGGGAGCCGGCAGAAGAGAGGAAGCGUACAGACGAACUGGACACGCGUACAGCUGAUGAGCUGGACGACCUGGAGGAUGACGUGGAUGAUGACCGGUUCAUGGAGGAGUACAGGAGGCGGAGGGUGGCAGAGCUGAGGGCGGCGGCGGCGCGGCCGCGGUACGGAGGGGUGGAGAGGAUUACGGGGCCGGACUUCGUGAGGGAGGUGACGGAGGCGAGCCAGAGCGUGUGGGUGGUGGUGCACCUCUUCCGUGACAGUGUGGCAGCUUGCAGCAUCAUCAGCAACUGUCUCUCAGAGCUCGCUCGCUCGCACCCGCAGACCAAGUUUGUGCGCAUAGUGAGCACUGAGUGCAUCCCCAACUACCCCGAUGCGCACCUGCCCACGCUGCUCGUGUACCACAAGGGGGCCCUCAAGGCCACCCUGGCUGGCAUGCACCAGUUCGGAGGAAAGAACUGCACUACACAAGCGAUUCUUGCUGAGUUCGCGGCACACGAAGAAGCCAUCCAGCAGCAGGACCACGCAUACUUGAACCAGGCGGUGGCGCAGGCGUACGAGGGCGUGAAGGUGGGCGACGGGGGGCCAUUUGGGGCCGUGGUGGUGCGCGAGGGAGAGGUGGUGGCGGCGUGUCACAACAUGGUGCUAAAAAACACAGACCCCACUGCCCAUGCUGAAGUCACGGCAGUGAGAGAGGCGUGCAGGAAGCUGGGUCGUUACGACCUGUCAGACUGCGAGCUGUAUGCGUCGUGUGAGCCGUGUCCUAUGUGCUUCGGCGCCAUCCACCUCUCCAAGAUCAAGCGGCUGGUGUAUGGGGCGCAGGCAGAAGCAGCGCUGGCGAUCGGGUUUGAUGAUUUCAUUGCGGACGCCAUCCGAGGCACGGCCUACUACCAGAAGGCGAGUCUGCAGAUCCACAAGGCAGAGGGACACGUGGCCGCUGCUGCGGAGGAGGUGUUUGAAAACACCAAGUCCAAGUUCCAAAUCGCGAACCACCCACAGCGCAGUGCAGCCGUGACAGGGAGACUUAGGCAGGCACCUCUCACCCCUCUAUUCUUCUCCGAAACGCUUCUUCUCGACUUACUAUUCUUACCUUCCGCCCGUCCGUAUCAACGAAAGUUGGUCGAUUCGCACUCCGACGCAAUGGCGUUAGCUCCGGCGCUUUUAAAGCCAGUGAUGGACUUCAGGUUUCUGGACGAGGGCACAGGCGGGGAUAAGAAGCGCAAACGACAAAAAGAUGAGCGUGAGGCGAAAGCCGCGGAAGCGGAAGCCGCCGCUGCGGAUCAACCUGGCGACAUGGCAAUUGACGGCGACGGCGCUGACGGCCAGCCGUCAGCUAAACGGCAAGCCGUUCCGAUGGCUGACGACGAGAACCGGCCGUCGUUCGGCCGACCGUCGUACGACGGCGUGAUCGCAGGAAAGGCUUCGGGUCGCAAAUGGAAAACCGUGCGAACGACUCGGUCAUCCGCGUUAAGAGUCACCGGCCGGAAGGAGGUUUCGUUAGAAGAGAAGCGAAGGCAGAGAGAGCUCAAGAAGGCGUAUAGGGAGAGGAAGGAGGAGUUGAAGGAGGAGAUUAGGAGCAACAAGCAGGCGAAGCGAGCCGCCGCGCAGGAGAAGCAGCGGCGGAAGGAGGAGAAUGCGCUGAAGGGCGCCGUGCUGCAACGAAUCACGAACCCGAAGACGAUUAAGAAAAUGUCGAAGAAGCAACGACAGAGCCUCGUGAAAGUCUAA